AUGCAGAAUCCAGAAUUGGGUGAUUACAUUGGCGUGGAGAGUUGUGUUGAUAUGAAAACUGACCUGGACACGGACGUCUCCAGUCGGAGUAUUAAUAAUCGGCGGCGGGGAAUUAAGCGAGAUACGGCGGAGAAAAUUUAUCCGCCACCAAUUCCGUGGCUGGCGCGCACUGGAAAUUUGCCAUCUCACAUGCUGAUGCCGUGGGUGAUGAAAAAGUAUUAUACUAGUGAUGGGAGAUUAAUUAUCAGAGAAGAAAAAGUGAAGCGCCAUGAGUAUUUUGAAGCGCACAGGUCCAAUGGGAGGCUUGUACUGAAUUUAAUCCCCUUUGACGACGAAGUUGACGAAGACGACGAUGAUCAGAUCGAUGAAAUUGACGGACAUGAUACGAUAACAGAAGAAGAUCAGAUGGAGGAGAAUGAAACAAUGGUGAUGGAGGAGUCUGAUCAAUGUGGAGCUGGGACCGGGUUCUGUAGUAUGGGAGCAAACCCAAAAGGGUUUGCGGUGGCAGCGCCACCGCUUCGGCCAGUUCAUAGCUAA